GUUUUUGAUUUGUUUGAUAUUAAGCGUAACGGGGUUAUCGAGUUCGGAGAGUUUGUUCGGUCAUUAAGCAUUUUCCACCCAAAUACUCCUCAAGAAGACAAAAUUUCAUUGGCAUUUAGACUAUAUGAUCUUCGGCAGACCGGAUAUAUUGAGCGCGAAGAGCUGAAGGAGAUGGUAUCGGCGCUUUUGAAUGAAUUAAAUCUGAAGCUUGAUGACGAUGUAAUCGAGUCGAUUGUGAAGAAGACCAUGCUUGAUGCAGACACAAAAAGAGAUGGGAAAAUUGACAAAGAAGAAUGGAAAGAGUUUGUUGCAAAGAACCCAUCUCUUAUAAAGAAUAUGACUCUUCCAUAUCUAAAGGACGUGACCGUGGCAUUUCCCAGCUUUGUUUUGAAUUCUGAAGUUAAGGACUAGAAGUAAAAUUGUGUCACAAGUAAUUAAACUCACCAUCUAAUAUAGAAAGUAUUUUCUUUGCCUCUUUUGGGUUUGAAAUAUAAUUGCAGCUGAAGCAACAAAAAGAAGUUAUUUUGUGGAAGGACCGCCAAUGACUAAGAUGAAAAGGUUUUCCUAGUAAUCCACACACCAAGAAGUUUAAA